AUGGAACUUGAACCGCAAAUUUGUUUUUGGGAGUUCUUCGAUGGACAAAACCAAGAUGAGUACAUAGCGUUGCAAGAAAAUUCCACACAGGAGCCAGACAUCAAGGACGACAAAAAGAAAGAUCUGGAAAGUACUUUGGAUACUCCUCCCAGCUCAGCUCCCUCCCAAGGAGUGAAUAUAAAGUCGAAAACGCCCGAAAGUGUCUCCUCGAAGGAACGUUCUGGUCCAGCUUUAAGUAUUCCACGCCAGAAUAAGCCGCAGAAUGCCACGUUUAAAAACGAGCUAACGAAGUUUCGUAAAUUGAUACCCCGUCCAAUCCCAAAUAUUGCUCCACGGCCCAAGAUAUUGCUUAAACAGUUUCGAGGACAAUGGAGGCCCCAAAAUCUCGGUAGUUUGUCGAUCCGUUGCCUGAUUUGCGGUCGACAUUUUCGAGACCGGCGUACCCUUCACGCUCAUCUCACACGCGUACACACCCCGACGCGUAAUCUGCUCGGCAAUACUACGAACGAGUCAAGUAAGUCUGCCUUUUGUGAGGAAUCUCCAAAAAGGAAGCAUAUUAUUUUGUUUUGUUAUAGAAUUAAAGGACAUCGAUGACAGGCCUUUGACAGAAAAGGGGAAAUUUCACUCACUGAUAGGCACAUACAUCUAAACAAAACGACAGGCUGGUAAACUGUGCUCAUAAUAAGGUCUGACCAUUAAAAAACUAGGACCUAUUCAGUUCUAUUUGGCUCUCCUUCACCGAUGAUUUUCAACACGUUUCCGACGGUAUUAAGUGCAUGAGCUUCCACCUUAACUGUCAUUAUUUUAACAGAAAACCUCUACAGAAAUCUGCAGCAACUGUUGCUGCACGGGUUUACGUCUUACAUCCACCAAUUUUUGAAUCAGAAACGGUUGUGAUUCUCGUGCAUCUGCGAAUUGCGGGUAUUUCAGUUGUUGGGUUACACAGUAGUCAAGCCAGUACAUUAAAUACAAUCCCCGAGUUCCGGUUCUCUAUUCAUGUAAGCACAUGCGCGCAGAUAAAACUUGCGGGCGAGUUCAAAAAUCUGCAUUAUGAAAAGAUGAAAUUACCGCAUAAAAUGUUAGCAAGCAUGUCUCCGCUGUACAGUCAAAUCCGAAAUCAUACGGCAAUCAAAAGACAAAGAGUUUGUUCCUUAAAAACAUGUUGAACUCCGUGUGGCUUAGCAAACUGAGAAAGCAAAUUGCCCAGCCACAACCAUGUAUUUUAAGACUCCCUCAUUGUCCUAGCCAUCGCCACUUUUCGAUUAGACUUUUGAACAAGUCCCACAAAAAUGCUCCAUGAAGUAAAAGACGAGUAUCUUUAACUAGUUGGACAGAAAUAACCUCGUAAAGUCCUGUCAUUCAAAGGAUGAGAACGGAAUAAAUAAGUUUGAGUAAUUAGCUCAACUGUUAGUAUCUUCUAGAAAGGAUAUUCCAUAUUAAAACACAGAAAACAACAAAGGAUGUGCCACCUAAAAAGUGGUUGACCAAAUUCAAACCGGUCGAGCUUAAUCGGAAAUCCUUGGCAUGGAGAGCAGCCGCUCUUGGAAAGUGAGGUCUCCGCUAACUUCCCACCGGCCCACGCUCAUUGAACACUUCAAAGAAUCAUACAACUAUGUUCCAUUUUUGUGGCCCAAUUCUUCCACAUAAGGGGAUAUUCCCAUCUGUCCGCUGGACAAGGAUUUAUCUCCAAUUAGGUUAUUUCCAUUUCAUUACAGAAUGUAGAACAUUAACAAGUGGUCGAAAACCAGACCCAACUCAGACCGAUGAGAAUUGCCAUGUUGGCAACUGGGUUCUGCAGUGCAGCCUCUGUCAAAGGACAUUUUUCCAAGCCCGAGACCUUCAUCAGCACAGCAUCACGAUGCACGGAGCGGCGAGAAUCGUCAUUAAAAUGCCCUGGCAGGAAGAGCGGUCGAAGGAGGAAGAAAAUAACUCCGGUUCCAGCCCACGGCAAACGAUGACGCUAGAGGCAAAGGUCACACAAGUUUCGUCAGUGGACGCCACAAGUCCCUCUGAGUCAACAACCGAAAAGAAAGUCAUCAGAGAAGCGGAUACUGCAGGAAGAAACUCUGCCGCAGCAAAUGAUGAUCUGAGGGGCAGCCUUUCGACUUCCAACGAUAGUCGCGCUGUGGUUGAAGCAACGGAGGCACUUCCCUCGCAACCCUCAAAUUCAUCAGGUAGCGAUCUUCUUCCUAAAACUUGA